AUGUCUAAGUGUAUCUUAAAAAACUGCACAUCAAACUAUGAUAAAAACAUAGAACUUAGUUUUCACAGUUUUCCACUAAAUGAUAGAUACAAGGAAUGGGUGCAAGCCAUACCGAAAGAUUUAAUAGAACUGUCAUUAAAACAACGUACAUAUAUUUGUAGUAAGCAUUUUUCCAAAGAUGCAUAUUAUCCAAAAUGCACGCCAACAUCAAAAAUGAGAUUAUGGAAAAAUGCUAUUCCAUCAAUGUUUUAUAUAUCUAAUGAAGAUACAACAAAAGAGAAUACUGUUGUUGAGGUUAGUAUAAAUUUGUAAACAACACAAGUUUAGAUAUAGCUGUAUUAAAGUAAUGCUAUAAAUUUUAUUUACUUAAAAAAUAAACUAAUAAUGUUAGUGUAUAUGACAAAAUAGUUAUUUUAUUGUAGAACAAAAGAAGAUCCGUAGAAAUGUGUACACAAGUUUCACUAAAGAAGAUACGUAUGCAAGAAAACAUAACGCAGAAAGUAGUAAGUUUAAAGAGAGAAGUGCAUAUAUUGCGAAAGCGUCUACAUCGUUGGGACGAAACUAUUAAAACAAUGAAUAAUAUUAUUAAUACCCUAAAAACGCAUAAUGUAUGUAAUGUGGAUCUUGAACAGAUAUUACGUAACACUUUUAGUGAUUUGAAAUUAGAAGUGAUUUUAAAUGAAUAUAAUAAUAACAAUAUUGCGCCAACUCAGAGACGGUACACGCCAGAAAUAAAGCAAUUUGCAUUAACUUUAUAUUUUUAUAGUCCAAAAGGCUAUGGAUUUGUUUCGAGAAACAUUAUACUUACCACAUCCGUCAAUGUUACGAAAAUGGAUAGGAAAUUAUAAUUGUGAGACUGGUUUCCUUUCGGAAGUUUUUGAGUAUUUAGAAACAGAAGUAAAACAAAAACAAUAUUUAAAAGAUGUUGCUUUGAUAUUUGAUGCAAUGGCUAUUCGUAUUCAAAUUGUGUACGAUGUUAAGUCGGAUAAAAAUAAAAGAUAUAUUGAUCAUGGUGGCAUUGUAACUACAAAUUCUAAUGAUUUAGCUACAGAAGUAUUAGUUUUCCAAAUAGUAUCAUACACAAAUCGAUUUAAAUGCCCAAUUGCAUAUGUUUUUAUUAAUAAAAUAAAUGCGGAUCUUCAAGUACAUUUAAUAAAGUAUGCUAUUGAAAAACUGUAUAAAACAGGUAUAAUAGUUCGUUCAAUUACAUGUGAUGGAGCUAAAACAAACAUUUCAACAUUGAGAUUACUUGGAUGUAACUUUUCUAUCGAUAAUAUGAAAACUUCUUUCAAACAUCCGCAGAAUGAAUCAAAUAUUUACUGUAUUCUGGAUCCAUACCACAUGAUUAAAUUAGCACGUAAUACUUUUGCAGAAUCAAAUUUGACAUCAGAAACUGGCAAUAUCUCAUUUAGUUACAUAAAACAAUUACAUACAAUUCAAGAAACAGCCGAUUUGAAAUUAGCUAACAGAUUGAGUUAUAAUCACGUUUAUUUUAAGAAUAAGAAAAUGAACGUACGUUUGGCAGCACAAGCAUUGAGCAGUGCUGUUGCUGAUGCAAUUGAUUAUAUGGGAAAAAGUGGGUAUAAAGAUUUUGCAAAUAGUGAAGCAACAGUUGAAUUUAUCCAUAUUUUUGACAGAUUAUUUGAUAUGAUGAAUGCAAGACAAAUUUUUGGUACAGGUUUUAAAUCACCUAUGAUGAUACAGAAUUUAGAACUAUUUAAACAAUAUUUUGAUUACAGCGUCACAUAUAUUUCAAGCCUAACAAUUGAUGGCAUCAAUAUUUUGCGUCAUCCUCGCCAUACAUUUGCAUUAGGAUUUGUAAUAAAUACAAAAAGUUUUUAUAACUUGGCAUAUGACUUAUUACAUAAAAAAGAAAACACUUUACGAUAUUUUCUCCCAUAUAAAUGUUCUCAAGACCACAUUGAAUUAUUCUUUUCAUGUAUAAGAAGACGUGGUGGAGAGAAUAAUAAUCCCAAUGUACUACAAUUUAAAUGGGCUUUACGACAACUUCUGUUUCGUAAUUCUGUUCGGGCUAGUAUUAAUGCAAAUUGCUUGGGCGACACUUCUGAGACACCUUCUAUAUUGAAAUUUCGAACACCCAACGUUCAAUAUCUAAUGAUAAAGAUAUACAAC